AUGGCCCGCCUCAAGCUCAACUACUGGGAUGCCGUCGUCGCCGACUGCGAGACGCCUCGCCCUCAACGCCACAACAUGAAGGCAUCGUACUACCUGGCGCAGGCCCUCGUCUCGCUGCAGGACUUUGACGGCGCGAUCACCGCCGCCAUGCGCGCACACGCCCUCUGCAUCGAGACGGGCGACAGGUCGCUCGCUGCCGUCACGGCGCUGGUGCUACGCUGCAAGAAGGAGAGGUGGGAGCACAAAGAGAAGAGGCGCAAGAGGGAGGACCAGUAUCUCGAGGUCGACGUCAUCGAGACGAUGGAGCGCGAGAAAGAGAGGGCACUUGCCGCGGCGGAGAGCGAGGGCGAGAGGGGUGACGUGGCGGCCGAGUGGGACGCCAAGAUGACUGACAUUCGGAGGGUUUUCGAAACAGCGAGGGCCCGGGGCGAGCAGAAGCGCGAGGUUCCCGACUGGUUGAUUGACGACAUCACCUUUAACGUUUUUGUUGAUCCAUGGGUUACCAAGACGGGCAAAUCCUACGAAAGAGCAUCUAUCAUGGAGCACCUGCGCCGCCAUCCGAGUGACCCCCUCACGAGGGAGCCGCUUCAACUCGCUGAGCUGCGGCCGAACCUGGCACUGAGACAGGCGGCCGAGGAAUUCCUGAACGAGAACGGCUGGGCCGCUGAUUGGUGA